GGUGACUCAUCAAAGUGUUGUUUUUCGACAAGAACACAUGUUUUGCUGCAUCCGCGGACAAAAUUCUAAAAUAGAUUUACCAAAACAAGUGUUAAUUUUCUUAUCUCCUUGAAAAAUAGUUAUAAUUUUAUCGUUCCUACCAGCAGCUGUCGUUGAACUUGUUUACAAGGUUUCGGUACAAUUCUCUCACCAUUGAAGUUUGUAUUGGGGUGAUAAACAAAAUCGGAAAAUUCGCCAACAUGAAAUUUGAGAUUUGUGAUAGUGCUUCGAACCAUUCUGAUUUUUCUAACGAUAGUCAAAAUUCUCAAAUCAGCACAGCCGAUUUUAUGACAUCGAUGGGGAAUGGAUCUUUACUUCUCACUACGUCUACUGCUACGUUUAUAGCUUUCGAAGGCCUCAACUCAGGGGUGCCAACCCGCACGACCCCAACCCUCACCCCAACUACCUUAAGAAAUAUAGAGCAGACCUUUAUUGAAUUACAAUCGAAACCCGAGUCACAUGAAAACGAAGCAGGUUUCGUUCCGCCACUGGUUCAGGCAAUAGGAAACAACCAGUAUGUCUCGGUGAACGAUAUUGACAUAUAUUCAAACAACAAGUCGCCAAAUCUGUGGCACAGCUCAUUGUCUCAGUCAAGCUCAGAUUCCAACACUAGAUCAACACCGCCAUUGGUUAUACAGAAAGUCAAUCAAUCCAGCAAUCUGUCCGGAGGUUCCAGAAGGAACAUGGGAGGCAGGAAGCCCACUAAAGACGUUUCCCUCAGUCCCGAAGACGAAGAAAGGAGGAAGAUCAGAAGGGAGAGAAAUAAAGCUGCAGCUGCUAGGUGUAGAAAACGUCGGGUGGACCAUACAAAUCGUCUUAUCGCAGAAACUGAAGAACUCCAAGCUAAGAAAGCCAGCCUCCAGAAAGAAUACGACGAAUAUUUAUCGAUGAAACGCGAGUUGGAAUUCCUUCUUGAAAACCAUCUGAACACUACGAAUUGUUGCCUGGAAAGACGUUCUCUCAGCCCGCCAGAAAUCAAACCUCACAACCCAACGCAUUGUUACCCGAACCCACACCAAAACCAAGAACGAAUCAAGAUAGAAGUUAUCGAUCAACUACCUCCCGUUCCAGUUACACUAGAUAGUGACAUAUUUUCGAUACCAUCUCCUGCCAAACAAAGAGCUCCUCUUCCACUCUUGAGUUCCACCGUACCGAUAUCCAAACCCAGUAGACCGAAUUCUCUUAACGUUGCCGCUACAGCGCCGAAGUCUAGUAUGGAUGAGAUUGCAGGAGUGUCGAUAACAACUCCAUCUAAUGGUAUGCAAUUCAAUUUCGAUUCGCUCAUGGUUGGGGGCACCGGACUCACACCGGUUUCUGGCCCUUUACCCACCUGCAGUAUUCAACAACGGAAUCUACCAAUUAGUAUUGCAGAUGUAACCUCCCCUGAUACAUGUAACCCACCGAAGCUUGUCAGCUUAUAAUCCUUAGGGAGAGUGUAAUUUUGCCAAAAGUCAAUGAUUUGUGAAUAAUUGGACUUAUCUAGUUUCUUGUUUGUACGAAACAUUAACUUGAUGGUUUGUGUGAAUCCUUUCGCCAAAUAGCUCUAAAAGUACUUUUUCAAGUUGUUCAGAAUGGGUACUAAAUGUUACUCAGGAUUUUCUACAAUUUAUGGAUAUUGCUGUUUUUUGGAGACCUUUACUACUAUUGAAAUUUAUUGGAAAGGUUGUUAGAGUAUUUUGAAAAUUGAAUAUUGGUAUUUGACAACUCUUUGAAUUUCUUUGACAUUUUGCUGUGUCUUGUACAUUGCUCUAAGUGGUAUAACCAUUUAAUUCUCGAAUGAUAACUUUCUGCAUAAUUGAUUAUUGGAUGUGAUCACCUUUUGACACAUUGCGAAGCCAUUUUAAAACAAUUUGAGUGCUCACGUAAACUGACACUUGUGUCAACUUUACCAAAACGGCCAUGUUUAGUAAUUAACGAAACCAAAAAUAUUUAUUUUGUUCCAAUGAACAAUCUUGUAGUGUCAUAUUAUUUAUUAUAACAUAUAAUGAAUAUUCAAUAAAUUCUAUGCUAGUAAUUUUAUUUUUCCCUCAGUAGUCAUAUUUUGUUUACCAGUACUAAACAUGGAACAUUCAAUAAUGAUAAGUAAUACCGAUGCUCAAGCUAGUUUGCUAUAUUGUAUGCAGAUAUAAUUUUGCUACCAUGAAAUGCCUUUUUUGUAAUAUAAAUUUUUCACUUAUGCGAAAAUAUUCCCUCCAUGAAUUUUAUAUAGUUUAUAGGAUCUAAACGAUAUAUAUUUUUGUAAUAGAAAAAUACUUCUAUUCCAAAUAAGCGAAUUUGUGUUAUUAUUAUUAGGAAUAUUAAUAUAUAUUGAAAAAAUACUUUAUAUGAAUAUAUGAGCAAUAAAUGGAUUACAUUAUUUGUAAUCAACUGUCAUUUUUAUAUAGUAGUUCUACAAUUUUUGUAUUUAUUUUAUGCAAUGCUAAUUUAAGAAUAAAAUGUUUAUCUAU